AAAACCACGUGACCAGUAAUGAGGAAGUCCGUGCAGAGGGAUCAUGGGAGCGCUUUCUGGCUGAGACGCUAACUUCUUCUUUCCUCUGUCAGUUUUUGGGGCUCUAACAUGACUCACUCGGAGGCUGCUGUGUGUUUAAACCUGCUGCUGCUGCUGUUUCUACGUGUUCUUGCUGAGUUCAGUCAUAAUGGACAGCAGCAGUGGCCCGUUCCCUACAGACGGUUUGAUCGUCGCCCUGAUGUGGACUCUUACUGUGAAGCCCUCUACCCGUUCUGUCCCACUGGAGACAGAGAUGGACGGAUCCCCUACAUGAGAGACAGCGAUGUCAUCUCAGUUUAUCGACUGCAAACACCCGUGUGGGAAUUCAAGUAUGGAGAUCUGCUGGGGAAAAUUCACAUCAUGCACGAUGCCAUCGGGUUCAGCAGCUCAGAAACUGGGGCCAACUUCACUGUGGAGUGGUACGAGCUGUUUCAGCUGGGGAACUGCACCUUCCCUCACCUCAGACCUGACAUGUACGCUCCUUUCUGGUGCAACCAGGGAGCUGCCUGCUUCUUUGAAGGCAUCGAUGACUUACACUGGUCCCAAAAUGGCACCUUGGAGAAAAUAGGAGAACUCACAGGAAACCAGUUCAACGACGUGGCCCAGUGGAUCCAGGACGACAACGAGACCGGGAUCUACUAUGAGACGUGGACUGUGCUCUCCGACCCCGGCCCCAACGCCACAGUGUGGUUCGAGUCUUACGACUGCUCCCAGUUCGUCCACCGCACAUUCAGGAAGCUGACCGAGCUGGGAGCCAAGCUGUCCAGCAGGUCACAAACCAACUACACCAAGCUCUACCUGUACAGCGGAGAGCCCACCUACCUCGGUAACGACAGCGCCAUCUUCGGACAGCCCGCCCUGAAGAAUCUGGCCGUGGACAUCCGUAAAUUUUACCACACGUUCAGACCGCACCAGUCGUUCACAGAGGCGGUCAUCAGUCUGCUGGAGGCGUAUGAGAAGGUGGUGUUGGACAAGAGCUUCUACCUCUACUACAACUUCGAGUACUGGCAUCUGCCCAUGAAGCCUCCAUAUGUGCGUGUUACAUAUGAAGAGGUGCCUUUACCAUGACAUAAAUAAUUAAUGUUUUUGUUUAUUAAGCCAAAACCAAAGAUUUUAACAACAAGAAGCAAAGACAAACAUCAGAAGUGCACGUUUCAGAAUUUAAAACAGUGACUGAGAAGUUAUUCUUGCUUCAUGAAUGACUUUAACAAAUUAUUAAUCCAGCUUUUUUCAACCAUUUAAUGCGCAUAAAACAUUUUUUAUUUUAAAUUGUGCUGUUUACAUCCAUUUGUCAGCUUGCAGUCCUCCUCUUCCCUCCCUCUGUUGGUGCACUGCUGCAUUUGAAAGUCAAAUCUUGAGCCAACAUGUACGAGAAGUCCACUAAAUGGACCCUGUGGUGAGAUUAUUUCUAUUUAUUGAACAAAAUAGUGCUUGAGAAAUUUUCAGUCAAUGCUAUAACUGAUUAAUUGACUACUCUUUUUCUCUGUAUGGAAUGUGACCAGUCUGUAUCGAUCAAAUGUCUCAUAGCGGGAAAUGUGUGCAAAGUUUAUUCUCUAGAGGUUUUCACUGGAGUUGGAUUGCUAGGCAACAGCUUGGAUCCAUGUUUACUUCCUGACAGAUGAUGUCAUUCACAAACACAGCAAAACAUUCCCACAGGAAAUACAAAGAGACCCAUUUACAAGGUUUAUGAUGUCAAGUUUGGCAGGGUCUAUGUGCAUGAGAUGGGAUGACGUGUUGUAAGUUUUUCUGCACCAGUUGAAGAGGUCAGAUGUUUUCCCAGCUCGUGCAGGUACUUUAAUACUGUAAACUACUCAGGUACUGGAAGAAAAGGGAUUCUUUUAACACAAAAGAGAAAAGAAAAUACUUACUUUAUGAAUUUUUCCAUCUAUAGAAACAAACUACUCACAGUUUACAGUAGUGAAAUAAUUAUUCCCUCCAUCAUGACAACUAAAGGACAGAAAACUACAUCAGAAGUUUUUCUGGAUCUGUCGUGAGUAUCAUGAAUAUCGUAACUAUCCCAUGUCAUACUCUUAAACUAUUGCAAGUUGGGCACAUUUCCCAGCAGAGGUUCUGAGAUGUUUGAUAAAUACAAACACAAAGUAUUGCAAAUGCACAGGAAGUGACGCUCACCAAUGUGACUCCAACAAGGACUGUAUGUUCUGCAUUUCUAAUAUUUUAGUGGUAUUUUCAGAUGUUUUUACGCUUUAACUCCAAAUGUAAGCACUAAAGAUACUUUUUGAUUAUUAGGAUUUUGCACUGAUGUGUCACAUUAAUAUAGUGUCAAUUAAUCAGCUCAUCAGGUGUGGCCUUAAUGUUUAACAUUCAGAUUUGUUCAGGUUAAUUGUAUGUAUAGAUUUUUCCCCCCCCUGUUAAAUAUGUCAACUUGGUUUUCAAUUUUUUUUAAUUGCAUAACAUUUCACAGAGCCUACUCGUGCAUUUUAUUUAAUAACUGUAAUGACUGGAGUGUUUAGAAAACAAUAAAAUGACAUGCAAAGUUUACAUUCACAAAUUUUUAUUAACCAGUAUAAGAUCAUAUGUCCAAAACAAUAAAUUUAAUUUCAAGACAGGUGACCAGUUAAGCAAAGUAGACAAAGCAUUUGUCAUACAGAAGCAAAACUAAAAGGACAGCGUUGUCAACACCAGUUUACUCCUAAUGAAACUUCACUGGAGGACUCUCUGUAAAAAUCAGGUUCAAAUGACAGUCGCUGACGACACACCUCAUUAAGAUGCCUCUUAUCUGUGUUUAACUGAAUUCUCCCAAUAAAAGCCAAUAACAGGAAAAUGAUUAAACCAGUACAGUACUGAGACACAACCUUCACUUUAGAGCUGCUGUCACCGCAACCGUUAAACGCACUGCACAAAUUCUGAGAGAUAAAUCAGGAGAUAUGUUACUGUACCACUGAGAUGCUAAUGCACGAGAGCACAGACGAUCAGCACAGGUAUCUAACGUCAGUGAUAAAGACACCGAUUACUCAUCAAUAGACUGUUAGGUCAGUCCAAUGAAACUAGAGUUUGCACUUCCUGCAGCGUGUGUCUCAGUUUUAAUCUACGUUACUGUUUGGUUACAUGACGUGUAGUACGACAAGGAUCGAAGGAAUGAAGUCUGGUAGAAAACGAAAAUCUAGAUGCCGUUGACAUGCGGUGUGGUCCAAAAGUUUGUCCACUACUGAUAACUUUUUAAUGAAAAUACAUAUGAUGUCGAAUUAUCUAUCUUCUGAUGACAUGUAUUAAUGACAUUUUUUAAUAGUUUGAUUGUGAUUUUUGCUAAUAAUUUCGUAUUAUUUGAUUGACUUUCUACCCCUUUCUGCACGUUUUUCUUUUAUUUUGGCGGGUUUUUCUUUAAGCCUGAGAAAAGUUUCAUCCGAUGUUAAAUUAACUUUCACAUGAAUUUGAUCAGAUAGAAUCAGAUCUGGUGACUGUGAAGAGAAAGCCAUAGAGGUCAGCACUAUUUCUCUUCCUGAAAUUCAACAGCUGUAGACCUACUAUGGGUUUUUUUGUGCCAUUUGAGAGUGCAGGGUUUGAUUUAUUAACAUGAGUGUAACCUUUAAGCAGUGUUGGAGACAUCACUAGUAUUACCUUUUCCUUUCAACACAUUACUACUAAAAUGUCAGUAAUAUUACUACAGUUACCCCCAAAAUAAACUUAUAACAGCCUUACUUUUGUUGUCACCCCCUACUGAUUUGAAAGUCAACCAAUUACAUCCCUGACUUCAUUUUCAAAAUCAUCGCACAUGCACGUCACCAAGCAGCAAGCAUGUCUGAAAGAUGAAAACAUUUACAUUCAGGAGCUGAAAAUAUUGCCAUUACUUAUAUUUUGUCAGGAGAAAAGAUGACAAGAACGUCAUCGUUCCAGUUAGUCGUACUAAGACUAUUUCCACAGUGAAAAACACAACCUCAAACCUCCUGAACCACCUAGUAUGACCGACAGUGCAAUCACAUAAAGCUUGCAGAAAUACACCCUCCUUGUAGGAUGGCUGUAGCUCUACCCUGGCUGAACACCCAGAACAGGAUUUUAAUCUUGGACAGCUGCAGGCUAACAGGGUUUCACACAUAUUUUUACCAAUGAAUUUUCCAAACUUUUCCACAAAUUUUCCAUAAUAAUGUAUUCUGUUUGCAUUACUUUUUAAGUAGUUUAAAACAGGUUGGCAGACCUUUGUGCCGCCUUUUGGUUGUCUUAAUGUUUUUCCUUUUAGCAUGGCUGACCACAGCUCCUCCCCCAUGUUGGAAACGUCAAACGUUUUGGUGCAGCUAUGGUCUGCCUCUCUUUUGAGCCAUGUUUUAUAUUUGUCAUUUGAAAGCCAUAAAUUAUUAAAUUCAGUCUUCCCAGGCAUUUGCAGAUAAGAUAACACUAGCACUUGCUAACUUUACUUGCUCAUUAGACAUUCCCACCACCAACUGGCUGCAUAUGCUGAUGUGUAUCAUGUGACACUACUGACAUUUCAACUGUCACACAGCGCAGCACAAGAUUUUCAAUUAGUGAUACUAGAAACUUAUUUUAAAUUUAAAAAAAAAAAUGUUUUGGGAUUUUCAUUGACAUAUUUUAAACAAAAGCCAAAACAAUUUAUGUUCAAACAAUCAGUUAACUCCAAACUAUUUCCAGACCAGAAAAACAGGAUGUACCUGACAGUGGGAAAGCUUGUGGCCAAAAUGUGAUGAAUAAAAAGUUGCCUAUCUCCAUGACUGACUCUCUAUUUUUCAAACAGCUCCUUGCUAAAAUACCGGUCACAAGCAACAGAGCCCUGAUAAAAAAAUAAUUUACAAGCUGUCCAGCCUCAGCUGUGCUUACCAGAAAUCAUCCUGACAUUUACACAGAGGUAUGCAAGUCUGAAAUUACAGAAGGAAAGAUGCAAUUAACAGUUUUUGGGGGUGUAGCGAAAAA